CGCCAACGGAGAACUCGCAGUGUACGUGAAGGCGGGCGUGGACGGGGAGAGGAUGGGCGCCUGUCCCUUCUGCCAGAGAGUCCUCAUGGUCCUCCUUAUCAAGUCCCAGCAGAACCUCUUGAGAUUUAAGGUCAUCCCCACCAACCCGGCCAAGCCCCCCGCAGAGUUCAAGGCGCUGGGCCUGAAGCACGUGCCCGCCGUCAUCCACGGGGACGACGGCUUCGACGCCCUAGAUGACAUCGUCCACUACCUCGACACGAAGUUUCCAGGCGGUGGCCUCGAGUACAACAGCGCCGAGGCAGACCUGGCCACCAAAGACUUCUUCUCCAAAUUCUGUUUCUACAUCAAAGCCGUCAACCAGGACCCUUCCAAGCUGGACCAGGCCCUGCAACGCCUCAACAACUUCCUGGAGCGGACCCACGUGACAAACGGAAUGUCCAACGGAGAUACGAAUCUUCAGGCUGACGAGGACGAGGGUAGCUCAGGUGCGCAAAUACAGUACCUCGGCGGCAGCAAUUUAACACACCUUGACUGCGAGGUGCUGCCCAAACUACAGCACUUGCGCGUGGCUGCCAAAGCACUCAAGGACUACGACAUCCCGACGAAUCUCCGCGGUUUCUGGCGGUAUCUCCACGCUGCUUACACCAACCCAGUGUUCAUAAGGACCUGUCCCUGCGACCAAGAGAUCAUCCUGCACUGGCAUGACAGACCCGAAACUCCAAAGCUCUCCCAUAAAAAGCACUCUGUAAUUGCAAAGGAGAAGGAAAAAUAUUCCUUCGACGUCCCAGUUCACGCCUGUGUGGUGACUGUGGUGAAUGAAUAAUGAUUGUAAAUUUGUCAAAAAAAUAAAUUAAUAUUUAAAAAAAGAAAGAAAAAAAAAAAAAGAUUGAUCAGUGUUUUGUUGUGUCUAUAAUAUUGUAAUAUAAUAUAUUUCCUAAGUGAAAUUGCAGUUUUGUAUUUAAAGAGACUGUGAACUGUAGUCAGAUAUUGCAAUGUAAUAUAUACGCGAAUGUGCCUGGGACAACACGACCCAUUUUGAUUUAUAGACUUUAUACGAGUUGCCCGAAGCUUUACAUUACUGGGAAAAUGUCUUCUUAGAUUAAUAGGGCAAUACCGUUCCUUUAAUCAACGUGUAUUUUUCCACUUGUUUUUCACUACUGGAAUCAAUUAGAAUUUCCUUGAAUAAAUGCAAAGGAUGCGCAUACUGUACACUUCCUCCGAUGCUUUAUAUCAGAUAACAUACUACGCCUUUUGGGAAAUGACAGCGAGAAAUAGGUAAGGAAACUAAAAAGCCAUGACUUCUUAUAUAUCACAAAAGUCGCUCAACUUGAAAACUACAAGCUAGUCGAAGAAGCAAUCAAGAUGUAGGAAACCUAAUGUCAGUUCUAUGCCAGUUAUAAAACCACAUGCCAGUACUGUACCUGCACAUGCCAGAAGAGGCCAAUAAAUGAGUAAUGAA